AUGCGCCUCGAUUCGCUGCUGCUGGCUGUUGCCGGCCUGGCAUCGGCCGCCAAUGCAUACUGGCUCGGUGAUAUAGCCCAUCGAGGGACUGCGCCCUUCACUCCAGCUGGGUAUCCGGUUUUCCGCAAUGUCAGGGACUACGGCGCAAGGGGCGAUGGAGUCACGGACGACACGGCGGCCAUUAACGCGGCCAUCAGCGCUGGAAACCCCUGCGCACAGGGCUGUUCAAGAGAGACGUGGUUUCUGAUGGAGCGAGUCCCAAAGGCGUCUACAACCACGACCCCGGGCCUGGUCUACUUCCCGACAGGCACGUACUUGAUCUCAAAGUCGAUCACCCCAGCCUACUUCACGCAGCUCAUCGGAGAUGCCUCGUCGCCGCCGACGCUCAAGGCGACGGCCAACUUUGCCGGGUUCGGUCUGAUCGAUGGGAACGUCUACUACACGUCGAGCCUCAACUGGAAGGCGGUCAACGUCUUCUUCCGCCAGGUCCGCAACUUCGUCAUUGACACGACCAACAUCGCUCCGGGAACCGCGGCAACGGGAAUGCACUGGCCGACGGCCCAGGCCACGAGCCUGCAGAACAUCGUCUUCAACAUGCCCACCGCAUCCAACGUCGUCCACGUCGGCCUGUUCAUGGAGGAGGGCAGCGGCGGCUUCCUUACUGACCUGACCUUUAACGGCGGUGCGACAGGUGCCAGUAUGGGCAACCAGCAGUUUACGAUGCGGAACCUGAAGUUCAACAACUGCAAGACCGCUAUCAUCCAUCUCUGGGACUGGGGCUGGACCUACUCUGGGCUUUCCAUCAAUAACUGCCAAGUGGGCAUCGACAUCUCGGCCGGCGGCUCCAGCAACGUUGAGACGGGCUCGUUGACGCUGUUUGACAGCACCUUUACCAACGUCCCCGUCGGCAUCAAGACGGCCUGGGCCACUGGCUCGACACCCGACACGGCCGGCAGCUUGGUGCUGGAGAACAUUGUGCUGAACAACGUCCCCGUAGCGGUCCAGGGCCCUAGCGGCACGUUGCUCUCCGGAUCGGGCGGCGCGGUGACCAUCACGGCGUGGGGCAACGGCCACAAGUACACGCCGACGGGCCCCAGCGAGUUCAGCGGCACCCUCGCGCCGAACUCGCGGCCGGCAUCGCUGCUGGGGCCCGACGGCCGGUACUACACCCGGUCCAAGCCGCAGUACGAGACGCUGUCGGCGGCGUCGUUUGUGUCUGUGCGCGCAUCCGGGGCUAGGGGCGACGCGGCGACCGACGACACGGCGGCCAUCCAGAGCGCCAUCAACACGGCCGUGGCCGCGAGCAAGGUCGUCUUCAUCGACUACGGCAUCUACCGCGUGACGCGCACCAUCAGCGUGCCGCCGGGCGCCAAGAUCGUCGGCGAGUCGUUCCCCGUCAUCAUGUCGGCCGGCGGCUUCUUCGCCGACGUCAACAACCCGCAGCCGGUGCUGCAGGUCGGCGCCACGUCGGGCCAGGCCGGCUCCGUCGAGCUCAGCGACUUCAUCCUGUCGACGCAGAACGCGCAGGCCGGCGCCACGCUGAUCGAGUGGAACCUCGCCAGCAGCGCCAGCGCCCCGAGCGGCAUGUGGGACGUCCACGUCCGCGUCGGCGGCUUUACUGGCAGCCAGCAGCAGGUCGGCCAGUGCCCCACCACGCCGUCCAACAGCGCCGUCAACCCUAGCUGCAUCGUCACCUUCAUGUCCAUGCACAUCACCAAGAGCGCGAGCGGCUUAUACAUGGAGAACGUGUGGCUCUGGACUGCCGACCACGACAUCGACGACGCGGCAAACACGCAGAUUACCAUCUACAGCGGGCGGGGCCUAUACAUCGAGUCCACUGCGGGCACCUUCUGGCUCUGGGGCACUGCAUCGGAGCAUCACACCCUCUACCAGUACCAGCUCGCCGGGACGCAGAACAUUUUCAUGGGCCAGAUCCAGACCGAGACGCCAUACUACCAGCCCAACCCCACGGCGGUAGUCCCGUUCCCCGUGGUGGCGGCGCUCAACGACCCCAACUUCGGCACGUCAUGCUCCGGCGUAGGAGGCAACUGCGCGGCGGCCUGGGGGCUGCGCGUCAUCAACAGCCGCAACAUCCUCGUGUACGGCGCGGGCCUGUACUCGUUCUUCAGCAACUACAGCACGGCGUGCUCGACCUUCGCCGCGGGCCAGACGUGCCAGGCGCGCAUCGCGUCCAUCGAGGGCGGCAGCGCCAGCAGCAACGUGAACAUCUACAACCUCAACACCAUCGGCGUCCAGAGCAUGCUCAACCGCGACGGCGCCCAGGUCGCCUGGUACAAUGACAACGUCAACGUGUUCCCCUCGUGCGUUGCCGUCUACAAGAGCGGCUGA